AAGUGAUCGAGCUACAAUAAUGCAUCUGUGACAGGUGGCAAUUUUCAAGUAAAAAGUUAUGUAGUGGUUCGGGCUGCAAUAUUGAAGUAUUUCAAUUUGUUCUGUUACUUAAUAACGAUUAUGUACAGUUCUACUGUAAUUUUCUAAUGAACAAUGACCAAACAUGACAAUGUCCGAAUAUUCGGAUCGAGAAAAUCUGCGGAGUCGUAGGAAAAAGAUGGUCCCAAAAGCAGAUCCCAUGACUUCAUACGCCGAUGAAGUUGAGCUGGCCAAUUUCACACCAGAGGCAUCUGAGCGCAGUGAGAAUAAAACAAAUUCUGGAAGUGUUAAGUUGCAUUCCAGAGACACAGACCUUGGAAAUGGUAGUGCUGUGGUUGAAUCUGAACUAAACUCUCGUGAUGAAGAAGAACAAGAAGAAGAUGAUGAGGAAAGCGUGGAACAGCCAUUGUUAAGCCACGAAGAUGACGGAGACAACAACUGUGCAUCCUCACGGACAUCUGUUGAUGUUGCUGAUCAACCGCAGGAGAAAUGUUUGAACAUUGCAUUUCAAGUGUUUAUUCCAUAUAUCAUUGCUGGUCUAGGAACCGUUGGUGCCGGUCUUGUUCUGGAUGUGGUGCAGCACUGGAAAGUAUUCAUGGAUGUGAAAGAGGUUUUCAUUCUUGUGCCAGCACUGCUUGGUCUGAAGGGCAACCUGGAAAUGACUUUGGCAUCUCGGCUGUCAACACAGGCCAACUUAGGAAAUAUGGAUACCAGAUCGGAAAAACUGAAGAUGAUUGGAGGAAAUCUGGCACUUGUUCAGGCUCAAGCCAUUGUGGUUGGAUUAGUUGCAUCAGUGGUUGCUAUGGUGAUGGGAUGGAUACCAGAGGGGGAGUUCAAUUUCCACCACGGGGUACUGCUGUGUGCUUCAAGUGUCUUCACUGCUGCAGUAGCAAGUUUUAUUUUAGGUCUGAUUAUGGUGGCUGUUAUUCUUUGUUCCAGAAAAUUUAAUAUAAAUCCUGAUAAUGUGGCAACACCAAUUGCAGCGAGUUUGGGAGAUCUGAUAACACUGUCUUUACUUGCCGCAGUUGCCACAUUACUCUACAAUGCAAUAGGUAAACAGGUGUGGCUGGCCCCUACAGUGAUUGUCGUGUUUCUUGUGCUGAUUCCACUGUGGGUCGUAAUCUCCAUCAAAAACAGAUACACCAAUGAAGUCAUAUACUCGGGAUGGUUUCCAGUUUUAUGUGCAGUCUUUAUUAGUAGUAUUGGUGGUUUAAUUUUAGAUUUUUCUGUUGGUCACUAUCCUGGGAUAGCUGUUUUUCAACCAGUUAUAAAUGGUGUUGGAGGAAACCUGGUGGCAGUGCAGGCCAGUCGUAUUUCAACAUCUCUUCACAGACAGGGCCAGCCGGGAGAAUUCGCACACGAUCUCGGCAGUGGCUAUCUCAACCCUAUUAAUACUUUUUUUGGAAAACAUAUAGACUCGAAAGCAGCACGAGUACUCUUACUACUCGUCGUUCCGGGUCACCUGAUAUUUAUGAGUGUAAUUUACAGCAUGCCAGCUGGACACACGACCAUCACUGCUUCAUUUGUGGGUGUGUAUCUCCUAGCAGCUCUCUUACAGGUGACCAUUUUGCUGUAUAUUGCCAACUGGAUGAUACAUGUUAUCUGGCGCAAGGGAGAUGAUCCAGACAAUAUUGCAAUUCCGUACUUGACGGCUCUGGGAGAUCUUCUAGGAACAGGGUUUUUAGCUCUCGCCUUCCACUUCCUGUAUCUGGUGGGAGACAGGGACGCAGAUGUAGGGGAGUAAAACCAACCUGCCUUGUUGAUACAUCGAAUCACAAAAAGAUGUUGAUAAAAAGAUUGUUUUACAAGGUCGUACCUAGACUAAAAUAACAUGGAGGCCUUGUUGACAAUUCCACUCACAAAAGACGUUGAUAAAAAGAUUGUUUUACAUGGUCGUACCUAGACU